AUGAAAAUAGAGAAUUCUGAAACAGAAGAUGAUGACUCAAUUACAAGUCUAUUUGGUGUGGAUCCUAUACUCUUGUCCUUUUUGAGAAGUGCAUCCAUGAAUGAACAGGAGAAAGCGCUACAAAGGCUUUAUGACUCUGUAUAUCACAAAGAACCAAGAAAGUUUGAUCCAUCCUCUCCUGAUUUCUAUGUGAGAGAGGAUAAACUAAAUCAGUAUAUGAACUACUUUACCCUAUUGCUUGACUCUGAGACUACAAGUGAGCAAGUUAAGGAGUUAGCUAUAAGAUUGAUUAUCUUAGUUGCGAACAUCAGAAGCUCUGGUGAAGAUUAUUUGGUAGCCUAUAACUAUAUUUCUUCAAGGAAAUGGAAAAUAAAUUUGCAUGCUGAGUUAUCUCUAAAUCCUUACUUUAAACAAAUAAAGAUUGAGGAAGCCGAUGACCAGCCACAACCAGAGCCACUCAAGAUUAAACCAGAUGGAAACUAUUCAGUUGUCUAUGAGGAUAGCAAAAGAAUCAAGAUAAGCAAUGCCGUUGAACAUGAAGUUAAUUGGAGUACCCGGUGUUCCUUUGCCUUCGAAGAAAACUACUUUUAUAUGUUUAUCAGAAGAAAAGGACUCUUCAAAGUUGGUUUCAGAAAUUCUAGUCAUGUCACGGCAGGAAAAAUCUAUAAGUAUAGAAAGCUUGAUAUUGAUGACAAGUGAUCCCUAGCCUUUGUGAAUGGAGUUUUGUACUUAAGACAGGCUAUAGAAGAAGACAAAGAUAAUACGAAGUAUAAUAAGCCAUUGGAAAUUUUAUCGAAAAUGAACAGUUAA